UCUCUUUCUGCUUUAGACCUGACGCUGCUGAAAGAGAAAAGUGAGGAGCUAAAUGAAAUAAAGGACAAAGAUGAGUAUAAGAAACAUGAUUUCAUGGGAGAAAAUUUCUUUAGUUACUCACAAACUAAAUAUACUUCACAAAAGAGAGCUCAAAAGACAGGAGCUAGAAGUCAUUUCAUCUGCCAACAGUGUGGAAAGAGUUUCACUAAAAAAGGAAGCCUUGAAAUCCAUGUAAGAAUUCACACUGGAGAGAAGCCUUACACCUGCCAACAAUGUGGAAAAAGUUUCAUUAAAAAGGGAACCCUUAAAAGACACAAUAGAAUUCACACUGGAGAGAAACCUUACACCUGCCCUCAAUGUGGACUAAGUUUCACUCAAAAAGUAACACUUAACCGGCACAUUAGAAUUCACACAAGAGAAAAGCCGUACACCUGCAAACUGUGUGGAAAUGGUUUCAUUCGAAGAGAAAGCUUAGAAAUCCACAUGAGAAUUCACACUGGAGAGAAGCCUUACACCUGCCAACAGUGUGGAAAGAGUUUCUGUCAACAAGGAAACCUCAAAAUCCACAUGGGUGUUCACACUGGAGAGAGCCUUUUCAACUGCCAACAAUGUGGAAAAAGUUUCAUUAAGAAGGGAAACCUUGAAGUCCACAUGAGAAUUCACACGGGAGAAAAGCUGUUCAUAUGCCCUAAGUGUGGAAAGAGUUUCUCUCAACAAGGAAACCUCAAAGUCCACGUGAGAAUUCACACUGGAAAGAAGGCUUUCAUCUGCCAACUGUGUGGAAAUAGUUUCAGAUGCAAAACAUCCCUUAACAACCACACACGGAUUCACUCGAGAGAACAGUUUUAUGUUAGCAGUGUGAAAGGAGUUUCACAGACAGGAAACACUGUAAAAAUCAUGUGAACUAACAGAGUGUGUCUGCCUCCCGAACAACGUUAGGUAGAAUGUUCCAGGGUUUGAUCAUUAAAUAGGAAAAGGAUCUGCCGCCCGCAAGUACCGGGGAGCUAAGCCUUUCAGGGCUUUAUAAGUAAUAAGCAAGAUUUUAAAAUCUAUAUGAUGUUUGAUAUGGAGCCAGUGCAGUGUUGACAGAACCGGGCUAAUAUGGUCAUACUUCCUGGUUCUAGUAAGAACUC